AGAGUGAGUUUGGCCCGAACGGGCGGCUGUGCGGCUUGAGAUGGCGGAUGGUGUUGGUUGGAGUCGGCGUCGGGUGUAGGAGAUCGAGAGCUUUGGAGUCGGACUGCAGUCGUAGGAUCCUACAGCUUCGUGCGAUUUCAGGCAAAGAGAUCAAGGGAUAGAUGACGAGAGCGCAGAUCGUUGCCCGGUGCCGAAUCUAUCGAGCUGCUCUCUUUCGCCUCUUUGUAGCCCACUAUACUUCCCCUCUUACCGCCUCCGCCUUCGCCUCCCACCAUUCUUUUCUCUCCUCCCCAUCUCUCUCCCGAUUCUGCAAUGCCCAUUUCUAUAAAUCCCUCUCUUUCCAUUUCCCCUCUCCUGAAGCCGAGGAUAGUGAUUUUGACUCCGAUUCCUCCAAACCCAUCUCCAAUUUCCUCAGCUCAGACCUUCCCAUCAUCAUUCAACACCUCUCACAAGCGAAAUCAAACUUCUCGACGCAAGAGGAGGCGUUGGGCUUCAUGAGAUCCUCACAUAUAACCAAACCCACGAUGGGUCUGAUUUGUUCAGUGCUUUGGGAGCUCAGGCACGAUUGGGAAUCUGCCUUCCUGGCUUUCAGGUGGGCUAGCAAUUGUGUUCUUGGAUCGCCAUGGGCAUGGCAUUUAAUGAUCUGGGUGUUGGGUAAGCAAAGAAGGUUCGAUCUGGCUUGGAUGGUUUUGCGGAGAAUGCAUUACAAGUCGCUGCUUACUCGUCGGGCAUUGAUUAUUAUGAUGGAAAGGUAUGUAUCUGCAAAUGAGACUGGGAAAGCAAUUAAAACAUUCCAUGCUUUGGAGAAAUUCAAUGUAAAAGCAGAUUUGGAUGUAUUUUAUGCUCUUCUUCGUGUUCUUUGCAAAAACAAGAAUGUUGAGGAAGCGGAAGAGCUUCUUCUUUUGAAACAAAAUUUUUUUCCUCUUGAAACUACUGGAUUCAACAUUAUUUUAGAUGGCUGGUGUAACAUUCUUGUCGAUUUGAUUGAAGCAAAAAGAGUUUGGAAAGAAAUGGCAAAAUAUUGCAUCAUACCAGAUAGUACUUCCUACACUUAUAUGAUUGGUUGCUUGGCAAAACAUGGAAAUCUCUUUGAUUCUCUAAGGUUUUAUGAUGAGAUGAAGAAGAGAGGUUGGUUUCCAAACCUUAAGGUUUGCAACUAUCUAAUUUAUAUCUUGACAAGAGAAAAUUGCAUGAAAGAAGCAUAUAGCAUGUUUAACAAAAUCAUGGAGACAGGUUUGCAACCAAAUUUGGAAACUUAUAAUUGUAUGGUACUUCCACUUUGUGAAGCACAUAGACUCGAUGAAGCACAAGAGAUAAUGCAGAUGAUGAUUUUAGGAGGUGUUCGUCCGUCUAUGGAUACUUACCAUGCAUUUAUCAAGAUAGAGGAUUUCCCGGGAUUAAUCAAGCUGGUUGAACAAAUGAAAGAGGAUGGUAAUACGCCAAAUCAAAGCACUUUCCUCCUAAUUUUUAAUAAUUUUUUUAGAUUGGGCAAAUCAGAAAGUGCACUGAAGAUGUGGAGUGAAAUGAGUAGAUAUGAUGUUAUUCCUAACGCCGUGCAUUACAUUACAAUGAUUAAAGGAUUGGCGGCGGAUGGAUGGAUUCCGAAGGCUAAGGAAUUUUAUGAUGAAAUGAAGUCAAAAGGGUUUCGAGCUGACCCCGAAUUGGAACUGCUUAUGAAGGGCUUUCUUUCAAGCAACAACUACUGUUGGGGCAAAGGUGCUAAGGGAUACAAAACUAGGAAACUUGAAAGGAACAAAAUUUGUAGAGAUUUAAAACUUUGAUAAUUAUACUGUCCCAUAUGAUGACAUGUAUUAUAUCCUAUUAAUACAAUUCUACUUUGAUCAGUUUGUUUGGUAAGCU